AAGAGCACAAAGAAAUGGGAAAUAAACCUAUAGAAGAACAAUGGGUAAACUUAAAGAAAAUAAUACUAGAAACAGGAACCAAAAUAUUACUGAAAGGAAAAAAGGACGGAAGAAAGCCAUGGAUAAGCCAAGAAGUUAUCAAUUUGAUAAAUAAAAGGAGGAAAUUCAAAAACGCCGUUGAUGAGGAAGGUCAAAAAGAAUACAGGAAGCUGAGAAAUGAGAUCAUAAGGAGUAAAAGAGAAAAAGAAGAAUUCCUGAAUGAGAUAUGCGAAGAAAUCAACAGAGAACUAAUAGCUAAUAAUUUAGAUAAAGCGUACGGGAUGGUCAAAAA